AUGAAUAAUGAACCAACCACAAUUCCAAUUGAAACAGUAAAAAAGAAACUUAAAAAAUAUGUCGCAUUAAAAGAACCCGAAAAAGUAAAAGAAUAUCUUCGUAAAUUGCAUCAUGCAUCUGUAACUUCUUCAUUAAUUCAAGAAACGAAAAUCGAUAGUCUUGUUCGUCAACUUGCAUCAGAUAAAACAGCUACUUACAGUUCAUCUGCAAGAAAAUUAUUAAAAAGAUGGCAUCAUCAAAGAUCAUUAUCAAAACCAACAAUAGAAACAAAUAAAAUAACUAUUGAAAAGCAAUCUGAUGAAUUAAGUGAAUCUCAAUCAUUUGAUAAUAAUAAACAACGUAAAGUUCUUUCACUUGCUCAAUAUCUUGAAAAUAAAAAACAUAUUUUAUCAUUAUCAUCAACGAGUAAUACAAAGCAAAAUAAAUUAGCUGAUAGUCAAAUUGAAGUCAUCAAUGCACAAUUUAAAGCUACGACAGAAAAAUUAACUGCUAGUGUGCCUGAUCUUACUAAUACUCUGAAUAAAAAUUUAAUAGAAAUACAGAAAAAAAAUAACAUUCUAAACGAAUUUGUUGUUAAGAAGACAACUCAUGAAGAAUCAAAACAAAAAUUCAUUGAUUUAUGGGCUGAAGAUGAUGAUGAUAAUGAUAGCAAUAUUCAAUCACAAACUACCGAAUCUAAGACAGUGAAUAGUAAUGAUAGUUUUCAUAUUCAAAAACUACGACAGAUAUAG